AUGCCCCAAUUGUCAAGCAAUGACCAGCAGCACCAAUUUGCAACAAAUGGAAGCCCUUCUAUAAGAGAGCUUAUUGCCGACAAGGUGGCGUCAUCAAUACUUUUUUCAAAUCAAAUACGGACAUGGUUCAAUGAACAAUCAUUGAUCAAAAAGGUCCUUGUUACAGCGGGGUGUAUCCUCCUCGCAAUAGCUGGAAUCUUGUUUAUAGUCUUCCACUCAUACUUGAUCAACCAACUAAUCAAUUUAUCAGAUAAAUGGCAUGAUUUGAAAUAUGGUCGGGUAAUCAUUUUCGCCUUGGUUUUCACUGUGAGUUUCCCACCACUAAUUGGAUUCACCGCUUUAAGUAUGUUGACGGGAAUGGUGUAUGGAUUCCCACAGGGAUGGCCAUUGUUGGCAUUUGCAUCAGUAUCAGGCUGCACUGCGUCAUUUCUUGUGUUCCGGUACCUACUACAAAACCAAGCUACUAGACUCGUGCAAUACAACGAAAAGUUUAGGGCUUUUGCUGAAGUGUUGCAUGAAGAUAGCUCGCUAUUGUUGCUAUGCUUGAUACGACUCUGUCCAUUGCCAUACUCUUUAUCGAAUGGAGCUUUGGCUGCAGUACCGGAGUUGCCACUUUUGACAUACUUUCUUGCUACAUUCAUCACCUCCCCAAAGCUAUUUAUACAUUUGUUUGUUGGCAGCAAGUUGAAAGAUUUGGGAAGUGAUAAGAGCUCAGGGAUGUCCAAAGUUGUUGACGUAAUCAGUAUAGCUAUCACUGCUGGUGCAGCAUCACUAGCCACUUACUUGAUUUAUGUCAAGAUGCAACAAAAGUUAGCCAGUUUCCACCAGAGGGGUGUCAUUCACGAUGACGUUUUAGUAUUUGGAAACUUUGCCGACGAAUUGGAAAUAGGAAGUCACAAUGAGAUUGAAUUGAACUCUACUGAUUUUGACACUGAUAAUUUCUUGAUUGAUGACGAUGAAGAGGACCAGGAUGAGGAGCUGGUCACCAGUGAUACUCGUUCACAAAGUAGUCAGAAAAGUCAAAACACCGCAAAGAGUCAGAAGAGCCGAGAGCAUAUUCAAUGA